UUAUAGCAAAGUGGGCCUAUAAAAAGGGUUUUAUCCAACCCAAAAAAUUGAUGUAGGUUUAAACAGAUUCCCCCUUUCCCCUCUCUUCUUCGGCUGUCGCCUCUCUCUCUCUCUCUCUCUCUCUGAAGUGUUUGUGUUUUUAAUAUUCUCCCCUGAACGAAACACCUUUGCCCUCUCUUCCUCUGUGUUUCGCCGCCCUAAUUUUAUUCUUCGUCUCCGUUUUCGCGCGUAAAUUACUGAGAACUUUUGGGGGGUAAAAUGGGUAGCAAAAAGAGAGAAUCGAGUUCUAUGAAGGAAUCUGUAGUGGAAGAACUAGGGCAACUUAAGAAGGAUAUAGAUUCCGUCGUUGAGGAUGCGGCUUCGAAACCCUUAAUCAAGAGGAUGAAAAAGGAGAAGAAGAAAACCGAUACGGAGAUGAUUCCCGAUAGUGAUAUUCAGAAUCACACUAACGGUGUGUCGACAUCUUCGAAUGGUCCCAAGGCAUCGUUGAACUCGAUGGAGAGGAGAAAGCAUAGGAAAGUGCUCGCUAAGGUGAAAAUCGGAGCAAAUACCAAGAAAAUCGAGGCCGCUACUGAAAAAAUGGAUAUAGACUCGAAAGAUGAUAGUAGUAAUGAGAAUAAUGAGAGUGCCGGUACGAGUAAUAGUAGUGGUGGUGGAGUGUUGCCUGAGUUCCACAUUGGUGUGUUUAAGAAUUUGGCUGCAGCUGAUGUUAGUGUUAGAGAAGCAGCUGCUAUUUCGUUGGUGAAGGAGUUGAGGGCAGUCCAGAAGGCGUACGAGAAGUUAGCGAAUAAGGAUGAAGUUGAAGAUAAAUCGAAACUGGAAGCUGAGAAAGACGAUGGGUUGAAUAAUUGUGCCCCGUCUUUGAGGUACGCUGUGCGGAGGCUCAUUCGUGGAUUGUCCUCUUCAAGAGAGUGUGCAAGACAAGGAUUUGCGUUAGGUCUUGCAAGUUUACUGAGCACAGUUACUAGCAUUAAGUUGGAGUCACUGUUGAAGCUAAUCGUUUCUUUGCUGGAGGUUACUAGUAACAUGAAGGGCCAGGAGGCUAAAGACUGCCUACUUGGUCGUUUAUUUGCAUAUGGAGCUCUUGCGAGGUCAGAAAAACUUGCUGAAGAAUGGAAAUCUGAUAAUACAACUCUUCUGAUAAAAGAAUUUACUGGUUGUCUUAUUGCGCUUGCUGCUAAGAAACGGUACUUACAAGAGUCUGCUGUCGCAACUAUUUUGGAAAUGAUUGAAAAGUUGCCCAUUGAAGCAGUGUCAAAUCAUGUUCUUGAAGCACCAGGGUUUAAGGAGUGGUUCGAAGGAGCAACUGAAAUCGGAAAUCCCGACGCCUUACUUCUAGCUCUUAAGAUGCAAGAGAAAUUCAACCUUGACUAUAAAUUUGGGAAGCUAUUGCCUUCCCCCUAUAGCAAAAACGCGUUCUUUUCUGCCGAUCAUCUGUCCCAAAUCGCAAGUUGCUUAAAGGAGUCUACCUUCUGUCAGCCACGAGUGCACAGUAUCUGGCCCGUUUUGGUUAAUAAUCUCUUACCUGAUACUGUACAAGAUGCUGACUCAGCAUCAGGUCAAAUUUCCAUCAAGAAACACAAAAAAAGCCGCAAGGUUAGCUCAGCCGAAGAAGACAUGGAGAGAAACCUUCGGUGCUUCAGUGAAGUAACAGUCGAAGGGUCACUCUUAACCUCAUCUCACGAUCGAAAAAAACUGUCAUUUGAUGUGUUGCAGCUUCUACUUCCAAAGCUACCCGCUUCGUGCGUGUCGGUUGUACUGUCGUACAAGAUUGUCCAAUGUCUAAUGGAUAUACUCUCGACAAAAGAUUCUUGGCUGUACAAAGUCGCGCAGCAUUUCCUCAAAGAACUGUCUGAAUGGCUGGCAAAUGACGAUGAUAGAAGAGUUGAGGUCAUCGUGGCUCUCCAGAAACACAGCAAUGGGAAAUUCGACUGCAUCACCAGAUCAAAAACGGUGAAGGAUUUAAUGUCCGAUUUCAAAACCCAGAAGGGCUGUCUUGAUUUCAUUAAGAACUUGGUGACCAUGUUUCUUGAUGAAGGUCAUUCUUCAGAUGAACCUUCAGACCAGAGUCAAACAACCGAUGACAAUUCCGAGAUAGGUUCGAUUGAAGACAAGGGUGCACUUGUAACACAAGGUACUUCUGAGUUCCUUAAAAGUUGGAUUAUUGAAUCCCUUCCGAGUGUUUCGAAGCAUUUGAAGCUCGAUAAAGACGCACAGUUCCAUGUGCAAAAAGAUGUUCUGAAGUUCCUUGCGGUGCAAGGUCUAUUUUCGUCAUCACUUGGGACUGAAGUAACAUCUUUUGAACUCGGAGAAAUGUUCAAGUGGCCAAAAUCUGCCAUUCCUAAUGCUUUGCGGCAGAUGUGCAUUGAGCAGCUACAGCAGUUGCUUGCAAAUGCUCAGAAAGGAGAAGGGCCUCAUGCUGUAGUCAGUGGUGUUGAGGCAAAUGAUCUUGGAUCGUAUUUUAUGCGGUUUCUUGGAAUAUUACGGAAUAUUCCCUCGGUUUCACUGUCUAGGGCCUUGGAUGCUGAUGAUGAGGAAGCAUUCAAAAAACUUCAGGCCACAGAAAGUCAACUAUUAAAAGAGGAACGCAACUCUGGUCUUAGCACAGAUGCAAACAAACUGCAUGCGCUGAGGUAUUUGCUCAUCCAACUGCUGCUCCAAAUCAUGCUUCGGCCUGGGGAAUUCUUCGAGGCUGCCUCUGAACUUGUCAUAUGUUGUAAGAAAGCUUUCGGAUCUUCUGAUAUUCUAGAAUCUUCCGGGGAAGACGAACCUGAUGGCGAUGAUGCACCUGCAUUAAUGGACGUACUUGUUGACACGAUGCUUUCUAUGUUGCCUCAGUCCACGGCUCCCAUGCGAUCUGCCAUUGAGCAGGUUUUCAAAUAUUUCUGUGAUGAAAUUACGGAUGAUGGAUUACUUCGGAUGCUACGGGUCAUUAAAAAAGAUUUAAAACCAGCUCGACACCACAAUAUGGAUUCCGAAGACGAUGAAGAUGAUGCGGAAGACGAUCUUCUUGGACUCGAAGAAGCUGAGGAAUCCGAUGUGGAGGAGACCGGUGAAACUGCCGACAGUGAUGAGCAGACAGACGAUUCCGAGGCGGUGAUCGGAGUUGAUGCGGUCACUGCCCAACUUCCGGUGGCUGAUGGUGAUGAUUCCGAUGAUGAGUCCGACGAUGAGGGAAUGAACGAUGAUGAAAUGUUCCGAAUGGAUAGUAAACUCGCGGAAAUAUUUAGGGAAAAGAAGAACCAAGCUGGAGGUGAAACUGCACAUUCUCAGCUUGUGCUCUUUAAGCUCCGUGUCCUCUCUUUGCUCGAGAUUUACCUUCAUCAAAAUCCAGGUAAACCGCAGGUACUGAAAGUAUUCUCGAACCUGGCUCAGACAUUUGCUAAUCCACAAACAACCGAAGGGAGCGAGCAGCUUAGUCAGCGCAUAUGGGGGAUUAUCCAAAAAAAGAUAUUCAAAGCCAAGGAACAUCCAAGAGACGAGUCAGUUGAACUGCCAGUACUCGAACCCCUCCUAGAGAAGUACUUGAAGCUGGCGGCAAAGCCCUUCAAGAGAAAGAAAUCCGCCGCCAAUCCAUCCAAGAAGAAACAAUCUGCCUCGUGGAAUAGGCACAAAAUGCUCAACUCUCUUGCUCAAAGCUCGAUAUUUUGGAUCCUAAAAAUCAUAGAUUCAAGAAACUUCCCACAAACCGAACUCCAAAAGGUUUGCGACAUAUUUCAGAAUGCACUAGUGGCAUACUUUGACAGCAAAAAAUCCCAAAUGAAAUGCGAAUUUCUGAAAGAAACAUUUAAAAGAAGACCUUGGAUUGGGCGACACCUGUUUGGAUUCCUCUUGGAGAAGUGUGGCAGUGCUAAAUCGCAGUUCAGACAAGUUGAGGCGCUCGAUUUGGUGACUGAGAUAUUGAAAUCUCAGCUCUCCUCUGCUGCUGAUAUCAGCUCGGCUGAUGUGUCGAAGAAGAUGCUGAAAACCCAUCUACCGAAGCUCUGUCAUUUGAUCAAACACUUGGUGAGCAACAUGCCUGAGAAGCAGACUAGGAGAGCGGAUGUUCGUAAAUUCUGCGGAAAGGUGUUUCAGAUACUGAAGACUUUUGAACUCGAUGCGAGUUUUCUUAAAUCUUUGGAACCAGAAGGGCACACUGCUUGCGAAUCUCAACUCGGAGAUGUGUUUCUCGCUCUGAAGAAAUGAGGGAAUUGAGAUUUUUCGAUACUUUUAGUUUUUGGGAGAAGAAAAGAUGUAUUAUUGGUGGAUCAUCAUUGUUGUUGAGGAUGAGAGGAGGAUUAGCAGACGUAAGUUCGAUGCCGAGGUUCGACUUUAGAAUUUAUAUGUUUCAACCUUUUUUGCACUUUUCUAUUUUGUAAGGUUCUUCCUUUUUUUUUUUUUUUUUGUCAUAUGUAGCUUUCUUUCUGUUCAUCUGAUGUGGUAUCACCGAUCCUUUAAAUUAAACACUUCUCUGUAGGAUCAACACAAUUUUGAGUAUGAUUCUUCUUUUUUCAUGUAACCCUUUUUACCUCAAAUUAUUUGUACUUGAAUUCUUAUAGGAUUUUGCUUGAUUGAAAA